AUGCUCUUCUGUAUGGCGUUCUCAGCGUUCUUGGCCUCUCUCUUGGUUGUGCCACUUUCCGUCCUUGCCGACGUCCCCGCCAGCUCGAUUUCUAGUUCGCAAUGGCAGUCACUAAACCAUACCCUCGGUGGCAAGCUGUACAGCGCACUUCCUCUUGCCGCGCCCUGUUUCUCAGUCGUAAACGCCGCCAAUGUUUCCGUCAACUCAGCAGCGUGCUCUGAUGUCGAAGCGAACUACACUGAUCCGCUCUACCGUGUUGAGAAAUUCGGCGCCUAUAUGUUUCCUCAUUGGGAGACUUGUCAGUCGACCGCGGAGAAAUGCUUGCUGGAUGUCACGAACACGAGCAAUCCUUUGGCUUGGGAAGACAGCACCUGCUUCCAGGGAAGCGUUUCUCCGUACUACGUUGAUGUGCAAGGCGCUUCGGACGUGCAAGCAACUUUUGCGUUUGCGAAAGAUACAGGCGUCCGCCUCACAAUCAAGAACUCGGGCCAUGACUACAAGGGACGAGCAAGCUCGCCGGAUUCUCUAGGCCUUUGGGUACAUCACCUAGACGCGAUGUCAUACGACGCCGAGUUCUCCCCUGAAAGUUGUAAUACGACGUACAACGCUAUGACCAUAGGAGGCGGUGUAGCAUUCCAUACUGUCUACGAGUUCGCUGAGGCCAACAACUUAACGUUCAUCGGAGGCUACCACCAGACUAUCGCCGCAAGUGGCGGUUGGGUCCAGGGUGGUGGCCACAGUAUCCUCUCCCCAGUCUAUGGCCUGGGCGCAGACCGCGUGCUGCAAUUCAAAGUCGUCACUCCCGACGGCGAGCUUCGUGUCGCUAAUGAAUGUCAGAACGAAGAUCUGUUCUGGGCGUUGCGUGGAGGUGGUGGUGGCACGUUUGGUGUGGUUUUGGAAAGCACGCAUCUCGUCGAACCGCAGAUGUCGCUCCGAGUAGCGUCCAUCUCUUUUACUCAGACUUCUAAUAACUCACGGGAAUGGUUCGAGAUCGUAGUGAACAACUCGUUGAGAUGGGGUAACGAAGGCUGGGGUGGUCAUAUCGGGGGAAACACCCUCAUCCACGUUAACCCGCUGCUCACGCUCGCCGAAGCGAACACCUCGAUGAAGAAAGCGGUUGAUUUUGCGAUCGCACAGGGUGGGACGGCCGUCAUCGAAGAGUUACCAUCGUGGUAUCAAUUCUUCACGAAGUACGUUGGUGCUGCUCAGGCCGCUGUCGGAGUCCAGACUAUCCUCGGUACCCGCCUCAUCCCGAACUCCAUCUUUGAGAACGAAACGAGCCAGGCAGCGCUCGUCGAUGUCAUGGUCAACAUGUUGGAUUUUGCGAACCCGUACAUCGUAGCGGGGACACCGCUCCUCUACAAUACUACCGCCAACGCCACGAGCUACACACCGGCAUGGAAGGACUCUCUCUGGAGUCUCGGUUUGCAUGCGAUAUGGCAGUAUAACGCUACGGUAUCGGAGAUCACUACUGAUUAUGAGGAUGUGGAUACUGUGAUGCAGCCUUACCGCGACCUGACGCCUAAUUCUGGAGCUUAUACCAACGAAGGCGACGUGUACGAACCCGAUCAUGAAUACGCUUUCUGGGGAGAUAAUUACCCUGCUCUCCUCGCACUCAAGCAGAAAUAUGACCCUGAUGGUCUGCUCGACUGUUGGAUGUGUGUGGGUUGGACGGGGUCACAGGCUCCACGAUACGGUUGUUACAUGGAUAUUUAA